GCGAAGGCGACCAUUCCUUCUUCGCUCCUUCGCCGCCGCUAUGGUUAAGUACUCGCAGGAGCCGGGCAACCCUACCAAAUCGGCCAAGGCCAUGGGAAGGGACCUGAGGGUCCACUUCAAGAACACAAGGGAGACAGCUUUUGCGCUUCGCAAGCUGCCUUUGACCAAGGCUAAGCGAUACCUUGAGGAUGUUAUUGCUCACAAGCAGGCAAUUCCCUUCCGGAGAUACUGUGGAGGUGUUGGUCGCACCGCACAAGCAAAGUCUCGCCACUCCAAUGGGCAGGGUCGCUGGCCUGUUAAGUCAGCCAGGUUCAUAUUGGAUUUGCUGAAGAAUGCUGAGAGUAACGCUGAUGUGAAAGGCUUGGACGUGGACAACCUCUAUGUUUCACACAUCCAGGUGAACCAAGCCCAGAAGCAGAGGCGCCGCACCUACCGUGCUCACGGACGCAUUAACCCUUACAUGUCCUCCCCUUGCCACAUUGAGCUGAUUCUGUCAGAGAAGGAAGAGCCUGUGAAGAAAGAGGCUGACAACAUUGUCGCGGCAAGGAAGCAGUGAAGUAUGUUAGCCUGCUGAUAAUGGCAUCCUUUCGAAGCAUUAUAGCCGUAGCUCUUUUAUGUACCUUUUCAGGCUGGUACCGAUACCGUGGAUCUGGAUUUGCUAUGUUUUGUACUGUGCUCGAGUGUAAGGUCAGUUCGUAAUACAAUCAAUCUGCGUGGAACAAUUUGAUAUC